AUGCGCUCUUUGGCCUUUAAAUUGAAGCAGCUAAAACUGUUCCUUCGCACCUGGAACAAGGAGGUCUUCGGCAAUGUGUUUGAUCAGGUUAGAAGUCUAGAAUCGAGGGUGGUGUCUGACGUGGAAUGCAAGUAUGCUGAUUCUCGAAUGGCUGAGAACAGGACUGUGCUUCAUUCAUUGCAGGUAGAAUUGCUCUUAGCCUUGAAACAGGAAGAAUGCUUCUGGAGGCAAAAAGCUCGGGUUAAGUGGUUAAAAGAGGGAGACGCUAAUACACGCUUCUUCCACUCAGUGGUUAAAGACAGGGCAUCGCCAACAAUGAAUCAGUAUAACCAAGACACGGACGCCCUCCUCCAGUCCCUUCCGCUGAACUUAGUUGCUACAGAGGAGGCGGCCUUGGUCGAGCCGGUUUCACAGGAGGGAGUUAAGUCGACAGUUUGGAAGUUGGACCCAGAUAGUGUAGCCGGGCUUGAUGGCUUCUCGGGAUCGUUCUUCCGGCAUUGCUGGGAUCUGGCUAAAGACGAUGUUAAUAAUGCGGUGCAAGACUUCUUUGCAAGGGUCCCUGUUCCUAGAGCCUUGGCAAGUGCGCAGAGAUAUAUUGAUAAGAAAUGCCGAGGGUUGAAUAUAGUGGUCAAGUUAGAUAUGAUUAAGGUCUCGUGGCCAUAUCUUCGGGCGGUGCUACUCAAGCUAGGAUUCAUGGUUUCUUUUACUAACAUUAUUAUGAAUAAUUUGGGUGCCAGUAGACUGUUCGUUUUGGUGAAUGGAGUUAGUUGUGGGUUCUUCCAGCCAACUAGGGGCAUUAAGCAGAGAGACUCGCUCUCCCCGCUUCUAUUUAUCCUUGCCUCAGAAGCCCUUUCCCGUUCCAUUAUUCUUAAAAUGGGAGUGGGUCUUCUAUCUCCGUAUUCAUCAUCUCCAGGCUGUCCUUUGAUCACACAUUUAGCCUUUGCGGAUGACAUUAUCAUAUUUGUGAACGGGGCUUCAAGAACAGCAGCUAACAUGUCACGCAUCCUGGGGAUGCAGCGUUCAAGCCUGCCCUUUCGCUAUCAAGGCGUGAAUCUAUUCAAGGGCCGAAAUCGGCCAUUUUAUUAUCAGCAUUUGAUUGAAAAAAUUAAUGGAAAGCUGCUCGGCUGGCAGUGCAAGUUACUCUCGUCGGGAGGUCGUCUAACCCUUGUCAAGCAUGUGCUUUCUGCUAUUCCUCUCUACACUACUGUAUCGGUCCUCUUGCCAAGAGGGACUGUGAAGACCAUUGAAUCUCGUUUUGCCAAUUUUUUGUGGGGGGGUGGAAAACGGCAAACCGAGGAGGCAUUGGGCAUCUUGGGAUAA